AUGUCGCUUCUGUUUUUAUUGUUCGGUAUUAGUGUAACGCUUGUAAGUGGACAGACAACAGGGGUUAGUCAAUGUAUUAGAAACGAGGGAGACCUUCCGAUAAACACGUACAUCCACGGAUGUUCGGAGCCGCCGUGCUCUCUGCCACAGCUACAGGACUGCGUUAUUGACAUCGUAUUCCAAGCACCUCGCGUUCUUCGCAAUAUGAAAACGUUAGUCACGGCCUACAUGAACCUGGGAGUCAUCAAUCUGCCGAUCCCGUACGAUCUUGGCGAACACGCCAUCACCUGCAACUUCCUCACAAACACCUACUGCCCGCUGCUGGCAGGCGAGGUUGCGACCUACACGUUGAGAAUGUUCAUCGAGCCGUUCUUCCCUCAGGGUACUGCGGUUACAGUCGAAUUCAGGGUCGUGGAUGAACGGAAUGUACCCGUUUUGUGCCUCCGAGUUCCAAUCACGAUCGCUCCGCCCUUAACAGGCCCGACCAAAACACACCACCUAAGAAUUGAACAUGUUUACAACGCAACGAAACUAGAUGACGCUAGUGUUCAACAUGCUGACAUUUUCGUUUGAUAUUACGUCCUAAAUACUAUGUAUGCCAAUUUUUAGAUUAAAUAAUAAAUGCCUAUAA